UCUCUCCCUUGUUGGCGGUAAGGUGUACUAGAGAAUAUAGUCGGGGGAACCCCAACCCCUAAAGGACGUUGGAAACAACCGUAAUUACUAGGCGAAUGAGAGUUCUAAACGAAUAAUCGAGAUGGAGAUAACUUCCAGUUCCCGACCUUCAUCGCCUGAUAAUCAUGUCAGACCCUCGAAGCGUCAAAGGUCCGAAACACCAACCGCACUGAGCUUUCUCCCUUCAGGUAGUACUUCCGUACUUGGUCUUGAUAGGAGAGUGGAAAGUCUUCAGGAAGAGAACGAAAAUCUUAAGAAGAAAUUAUCUGAAUUGGAAAAGCUUCAAAAAUUGAACAUUGAGAUAAAAGAUAAAAUUAUAGAAAAGUCAAAUUACGAGAUAAAUAUACUGCAAACAGACUUGAAAAAAGCCCAAGUUAAGAUUGAAAAAUUGGAGGAGAAAUUGAACGCAGCAGAUGAGGAUCUCGCCCGUAAGGAAGAGCGAAUACAGGCACUAACAAUGGAGCUUGAACAUUUGAUGUCUAACGAGAUGCACUCGCACUUGGAGAGUCCUUCAACGUCAUCACGGUUAGAAGAAAGCAAAAUAGUGAUUCAUGAAUACGGUUCCCUCAAGACUGAAGAAGUGGUGAUUCCCGAGGACCCGAAUUUUCAAAAUAAUUCCGUAUUACAGACAGAACCAAGCUCAGAAACUAUUGUACUCAGCCAAGCCAACAGUACAGCUACCGAUCUAGAGUCGGGAGUACCUACUUAUGAAGAGAGUCGACACUCCAAGACGAAUCGUGCAGAAGAUAACGCGGUUCCAUCGAUAUCUCGCAUAGUUCUAACAAUAUCAGAAUCGAAUCGUGCGACAAAAGAAGUACAGAGAUGCAAAAAUACUCAGGAGAAAAUGAUACCCAAUGAAAACAGAGUUGCGAUGGUGAAUUCAACAUCACAGGAAGAAUCGGAUGCUACAGUUAAUGGCAUCCCCGAAACUAGCAUUCAACUAGGAUUCAUUGAACCUCAGCGAGUUGCACCCGGCAAUCAAAAACAAGUAUCAUCAGAGCAGACACUAAUAAACGUUAGUACGGAAUAUCGUCCAUGUAUGAUGAAGUUUAUCACAACAAUACCUGAUGCAUUCUUAACAACGCACGAGUGCCAGCCUGGCACUUCGUCAGCAUCUUCGGAACCGAAAAACUAUCAUUCUCAGGCUGAAAUUAUUGUGAAGGAGGAAAUAAAUCGAACAAUGGAACCCCUUAUUCUACGAAAAAAAUCCGAUGAAUAUGAAGUCACAGGAGCAGAAGUGAUGGAAGUCGAACCCAAUGAGCCUGACCCGGAGAAAAACCGAGACUCUUCUGUGACAGCAGAUGAUAAACAACCUUCUUCAACGAAAAAAGUAAGCGGAAGGUCAUCCGCAAAUCUUAAUCAAGCGAGCCAUUCCUUAUCAGAAGCUGAGGGGGGGCAUAAUUCUCCUCUUCUACAAAAAAAAAUACUACUUAAUGUAGGAAAUGACUAUUGCUGUCUGGUUUUGGAGAGCUUCUUGAAGGUUGACUGGAGUGAAUGGUGCCUUCGCAAAGGGCCUAGUAAGGCCAACUGGGAGGAUUUAUGGGCCUGUAAAAGAUGUCCUAAGCGAACUUUUCGAAGCUCAAUAUUAGUACAGGAUCAUGCAUGGGUUCACCACAAAGGGGAGAAGUUUUUAUGCCCUUACUGUUCAGCUGACCUUCAAAAGCGGGAAGUCCUCUCGUCGCACGUUCGGAUGAAUCACCCUGAUCUGUAUAAGAAUGAAAAUGUGGACUUCAGACAAAAAGCUUCACGUAUGCACAAUAUGCCAUUGCAAUCGCAAGUUCCGUACAAGCCGCCAAUGCGGGGGAAGAAACGUUGAUUCGAAUCAAUUAUGUGGAUCUCAGAAUAUGCUCCCAAAUUCAUUGAUCAUUGUUACAGAACGAUAUUUUCAUUUAGUAUUAAUUUUAUUAUACACAAUUGAAUGGAUGAAUAAGAAUCUACAAUGAGACAAUCGAUGUACGGCAGGAAGGAGAGAGAUUGGUGUCUUUUUUCUCAUGGAAAGAGAAUUCCUUUCUAAAGUUUUUCUUUACAGACAAAUAUGCGAGUCCCGGAAAAACAAUAGACCCGGGGAAACUGUUAAGUUGGCUGGGUUUUAGCACGUUUUGGGUGUGUAGAAUGUUUUUUCCUGGUAUAUUUUUUUCGCUUAGCAAAUAUGCUAUUUAUAUGAUAUUUACCAAAACUUUUGACAGAAAAAAUUGAGACGAUUUGAAAAAAAAGGAGAAAUGAAAAAAUGGAAAAAAUAUAUUUUUGUAUAGAACGAAUUGGACCUCUAUUUCAAGUUUUUUUCCGUAAUCGUAGUCACUUUGAUGAAGGAAAAAACGCCAUUUAACUGACGGAGGGAAUUGAAUUACGUUAUUUUCAACAUUUUUGGCGAUCCUAGGGUCAAUCGAAACCAUGGUCAAUCGAAAGAAUAAAACAUUUGCAUUGGAAAUACACAUUGAAAAGGAUUUUUUUUUCAUUUCUUCCGAAACACAAAAUUUUGUCAAAUACUCAAAAACUGCAAAAACUUUUUUUUGUACGUAUUAGCAAUUAAAAAUUAGAAUAGCCAUGUCCGAAUUUCGCAGUGUCCAUAACUUGAACUUAAACACUACACGAUGAAGUGAGAGUUCCUUGGCUCCAAAAAUCGUUUUUUUGUGUCAUGGGAUGAGAAAAUACCUCAAAAUACGGAAAGCUUCAACGCAGUGAAUCAUGAAUCAGAGGCUUUCGAAUUGAAUGAGUGCAGAAGUCAUGUGGAGGAAAAUCUCCCGACAUGAACUAUUUACAAAAUAUGGACUAUUUUAAACUUUUCUUAUCGUUCCGAGAAUAUCAUUGUCUUUCCAAAAAAACAAAAAUUUGAAUUCAGUAUCGUACUGCUUUAUGCCAAGUAUGCCAACUUUCUUUGCUCAAAAAAAAGAAAUUUGAAGAAGUUGAGGUCAACUCAACACACUUGAAUUUUUGCUUUUUAGAGAUUAAGUAAGCCCUCACGUACGGGGUUCAUACACAGUAUCGACUCAAGAACAUGUGAAUGACUCUGUGCAAAAUUAAUCAUUUCCAAAACUAUGGAACAUAACUGAACUAGACAAAGAGGAUCGAAUAGAGCAAUACUGUAGCUUCAAUUGCAUACUUAUUCAAUGAUUUUCCAUUGAUUAGAUAUCAUCGAAUUCUAGUUCUAUUGAACGUACAUUCCACUUGGUAAAAAAGGGCCCCGUCCGUGAGCGACUAUAUUCUUCAUGUUGACGAAACUUUCAACUUUCAACCCAUCAUUUCCAUGGAUACUCCAGGGAACCCCCACUCUCGACACUUUUAUCGCCUCCCAAAUGUUAAGUUCUGUGGGCUUCUUAUAAGUUACCUAUGGCCUCGCUCAUGUUUCAACGGGAAAAGAGUGAUUAUAAGGAUCAAACGGAGUUAAGGGUCAAACGGGUGGGACGAACGAAGUGAUCAUAAGGGUCAAAUGACCUUGGGGGUCAAGAGGUCAAAUGUGAAAGUCAAGUGAAGUAAUCAGAAUGAAAUAUUUUAAUUAUUUAGAUGUUAGUAUUAUUCAAUUUAAAAAAGUGUGAUGAAGAUUAUAAAUGAGUUUCCUUACAAAAUUUAA